UUUCAUCUUUUCUGUUUAUAGGAGAAAGUCUUCAUUAGCUUAGUUGACCAUAUUGCUAUAUCUGAAAUUCCCACAAGUAUUAACCUCUAAUCCUCAGAUUCUGCCUCUUUAAAAUGGGAGUAAUAAUAGUGUCUAUCUUUAAAGUGUUAGUUUAGAGCACAUAGUAAGUUCUUAAUCAGUGUUAGCCAUCAUUUUUGCACCAUUUAAAGCUUUAAUUUACCACUUUAGGGAAGAGUUGGAAAUGUAGUAGAGGCUGUGUUUACUUACUUAACAAGAAGAGGAAGUCUUAGUUAACUCCCCAGAGAAACCAAAGGAGAAACUUUGUUCAGCCUAGUGUGUUGCUGAAACUGAAGCUUCCAGCCCCACCCUUUCUGUUGAUACACCAAAGGUCACUUGGCACCAAGAGUGAACUGAGAGAAUGUCCUCUCAGUAUUGCCCUGGAGGAUUGCUUAGAGGAGUUUUGCCUGGACUGUGGAACAUAUGAUUGAAAGCCACGAUGAAUGGUCAUAUUUCUAAUCAUCCCAGUGGUUUUGGAAUGUAUGCCUCUCAAAUGAAUGGCUACGGAUCGUCAUCCACCUUUUCCCAGAUGGACAGAGAACAGAGUUCAAAAACAAGUGCAAAGGCCCUUUAUGAACAAAGGAAGAAUUAUGCACGUGACAGUAUCAGCAGUGUAUCAGAUAUAUCCCAAUACCGUGUUGAACAUUUGACUACCUUUGUUCUGGAUCGGAAAGAUGCUAUGAUAACCAUUGAUGAUGGAAUAAGGAAGCUGAAAUUGCUUGAUGCCAAGGGCAAAGUGUGGACUCAAGAUAUGAUUCUUCAAGUGGAUGACAGAGCUGUAAGCCUGAUUGAUUUAGAAUCAAAGAAUGAACUGGAGAAUUUUCCUUUAAAUACAAUCCAGCACUGCCAAGCUGUGAUGCAUUCCUGUAACUAUGAUUCAAUUCUUGCCCUGGUGUGCAAAGAGCCAACUCAGAACAAGCCAGAUCUGCAUCUUUUUCAGUGUGAUGAGAUUAAGGCAAACCUGAUUACUGAAGAUAUUGAAAGUGCAAUCAGCGACAGUAAAGGAGGGAAGCAGAAGAGGCGGCCUGAUGCCCUGAGGAUGAUUUCCAAAGCAGAUCCUGGUAUUCCACCUCCACCCAGAGCUCCCGCCCCAGUGCCCCCUGGGACUGUGACCCAGGUGGAUGUGAGAAGUCGGGUGGCAGCCUGGUCUGCAUGGGCAGCUGACCAAGGGGACUUUGAGAAACUGAGGCAAUAUCAUGGGCAUGAAGAAACGCCUGAGAUGAUGGCAGCCCGAAUUGACAGAGAUGUGCAAAUCUUAAACCACAUUUUGGAUGACAUUGAAUUUUUUAUCACAAAACUCCAAAAAGCAGCGGAAGCAUUUGCUGAGCUUUCUAAAAGGAAGAAAAUUAAGAAAGGUAAAAGAAAAGGACCAGGAGAGGGUGUUUUAACUCUGCGGGCAAAACCUCCACCUCCUGAUGAAUUUAUUGACUGUUUUCAGAAGUUUAAACAUGGAUUUAACCUUCUGGCCAAACUGAAGUCUCAUAUUCAGAAUCCUAGCGCUGCAGAUUUGGUUCAUUUUUUAUUUACUCCAUUAAAUAUGGUGGUGCAGGCAACAGGAGGUCCUGAACUAGCCAGUUCAGUACUCAGCCCCCUAUUGACUAAGGACACAAUUGACUUCUUAAAUUAUACUGUCAAUACCGAUGAAAGGCAGCUGUGGAUGUCAUUGGGAGAAACGUGGAUGAAAGCCAGAGCAGAGUGGCCAAAAGAACAGUUUAUUCCACCAUACGUCCCACGGUUCCGCAACGGGUGGGAGCCCCCAAUGCUGAACUUCAUGGGAGCUCCAGUGGAACAAGACCUUUAUCAGCUGGCUGGGACUGUGGCCAACGUAGCAGAACAUCAACACAGACAUGAAACAAAAAGAUAUUCCACAGAGCAAUCCAGUGUAUCCGAGUAUCUUCCACCUCCACCUGAUGGGUAUGCAUUCAAUAACAUUUACACAAGAGGGUCCCAUCAGGACCAAGGAGAAGCCGCUGUUCCUUUUAAGCCAACUCCUAAUCGCCAUGUGGAUAGAAAUUACGAUCCACUUGUAACACAACCCAAGAAAUACGCCAAAUCCAAGUAUGACUUUGUGGCAAGGAACAACAGUGAGCUCUCAGUUCUAAAGGAUGAUAUUUUAGAGAUCCUUGAUGAUAGGAAGCAAUGGUGGAAAGUUCGAAAUGCAAGUGGAGACUCUGGAUUUGUGCCAAAUAACAUUUUGGAUAUUGUGAGACCUACAGAAUCUGGAUUAGGGCGUGCUGAUCCACCAUACACACAUACAAUACAGAAACAAAGGAUGGAGUAUGGUCCAAGAACCACUGACCCUCCCUCUGCUCCAUCUCCUCCUCCAACACCAAUUCCUGUUCCUGUCCCCCUUCCACCAACUACUCCAGCACCUGUUCCUGUGUCAAAGGUCCCGGCAAAUGUUACCCGCCAGAACAGCAGCUCCAGUGACAGCGGCGGCAGCAUUGUGCGAGAUAGCCAGAGACACAAACAACUUCCUGUGGACCGAAGGAAAUCCCAGAUGGAGGAGGUGCAGGAUGAGCUCAUCCACAGGCUGACCAUUGGCCGGAGUGCCCAGAAGAAGUUCCACGUGCCACGGCAGAAUGUGCCAGUUGUCAACAUCACUUACGACUCCACAUCAGAGGAUGUGAAGACAUGGCUACAGUCAAAGGGGUUCAACCCUGUGACUGUCAAUAGUCUUGGAGUAUUAAAUGGUGCACAACUUUUCUCGCUCAAUAAAGAAGAACUGAAGACAGUCUGCCCUGAAGGGGCCAGAGUCUUUAACCAAAUCACCGUGCAGAAAGCUGCAUUAGAGGAUAGCAGUGGCAGCUCCGAAUUGCAAGAAAUCAUGCGGAGACGACAGGAGAAAAUCAGUGCUGCUGCUAGUGAUUCAGGAGUGGAAUCUUUUGAUGAGGGAAGCAGUCACUAAUUUCUUUCUUUCUUUGUUUUGAAACUCCAUUUAAAUUUCCGGCAUUAUUCCAACGUGCUUUGUUUUAAGAAGCCUUGAAGGGAAUGUCAGGUUUUUUUUUAAUCUCUUGGUAUACUUUAUUUAUCGCCAUAAAAUAACAGUGCAAACAUAAGUAAGUAGAGGACUUGCUUCUGGACCCAUUUUUAUUAAAACUGAAAAAUUUUAAAUAGAAUUUUUUGACCUUGGGAAACAUUUUGUUUACCACAGGUGAGGUUUUCUUUAUUGGAUUAUUUCAUCUUCAUCUCAGUGUAUAAGCCGGCAUUUUUUGACAGUGAUGAACUUAUGUAUCUCAGCAGAACAAAAAUAUUGCCCGUGACUCAAACUCUAAACAGUUCCAGAUUUGCCUGUGACUAUGGUGUCUGUCAUUCAGGGUGUAGUGAUGUCAGGCUAGCCUCUGCUUACUUAGGUCUCUUGUUUGACAUACUCAAUGAUAGAAUAUUUCAAUUUAUGUAAAGUUCUUAAUGCCAACACUUUUUAAAAAAUUAAAACAUUUAAUGAACCGUAAAAUACAACGAGGCCUUGGACAUGCAAAAGCUAAACCUAUGGAGCAUUCCCAAGACAUUUUGUCAUGGCUCUGUUGACUACAAUUCCAUGUAUAGCUUGUAUUUUGAUUUAGCUUAUAUUCUGCUUAUUACCUAUUCUCUGUUCUUAUAUAUGAGAAAGCACAAGUGGAAAAGAGGUCAUAUAUAUUCAAAAUAUGUCACAGGGAAUAGCCUGCAUUGGUGUGAGUUACAGUAUUUUGCUUAAUGAAGGUCUCAGUUCUGAAUAUUGAUAUUAGCAGUUAAAAGGAAAUUGGGGCCAUUUUAUGUGUUUAUCUGUGUCAAGUUUUUCUGGUAAUAAGAAACAAUUUACACAUAUGUUAAUCCUGUGAAAGAUUCUAGAUAUAGAAAAGAAAGAUACUUAACCUUCAACAAAUGUUAUUUUUGAAAACACGAUUUUUGUCAUUAAAUGUUAUAUUAUUUCUCAUAUAUAAAACAGAUGUUAUGUAAGAAUGUUGUAUAUUUUAACAUAAACCCAUUUAGAGAGAUUAUCUAGAUUCAUUAAUUUUCAUAGUGCCUUUUUCACAUGAGUCAGCUGGAAAGUCUGCAAUAAACAGUACUUGCUGUAUGUUAAUAAA